AUGUCAUCCGAUCUUUAUGAAGCAUAUACGAAGUGUAAAAAUAUAGUCGAAAUUGGUAAAACUGCAUUGUAUAAUAAAACGAUUCAUAGGUAUCUCGUUAGGGUAGCAAUACUUUCAGCCGAACCAAUUGUAAAGUUAUUACAAUUUCAAAUAAAUUGUCAAGGAAAUGCAAUUUCAAAUGAAAAGUUAAUCAGGUUUAAAGAUUCUUUGGUGGAUAUCGAAAAAUUAAUUAAAUGUGUAACGCAGAUUUAUGGUUCCAUAGAACAGAAUUAUGAAGAUCUUGAGAGUAUAAAAGAUUAUUUUGAUCAAAUUAUGAAAGAAUAUUGGGCUUGCGUAAAAGACCUGAAUCCGAAAUUCUCAAAAAUGCAUGACAUGGUUGAGCAAGAGUACUUGAGAGAUGACGAAAUUGAGGAUUUUAUUAAGAAACAAUUUUUAGUGAAAGAUAAAAAAUUAAACCACGGUUUGAUUAUUUCCGAUCGGGGAAUAAAUUCAAGAUAUGAAUUCGAACCUCGACUUGAAAUUAAAAUUAAUCCUAUAAAUAGUGAUACUAGAAAAUUCUAUAUAAAUUUGGUCCCUAUUAAAACUCAACGGGACACUUUAUUAAAAUACAACAUUAAGCCAUCUACAAUUAGCUCCGAGUAUUUUCAACUUGUUUCGAAUCAAUUAGUUAAUAGACCUCCUAAUGAUGUUUACCUGGAAAUUCAGUAUCCACGAUGGGAAUUAGUUUUCAAAACAAAAGAAAUGAAACUGCCUGAAAAAUUUAUCAGAGACAUUAAAGAUUCUUUGAAUUCCUGUAACCCUUAUCACAAAUUAAUUCAAAAAUUUGGAAAUUAUGGACACUUUGUACCAAAAAAGGUUAUUCUUGGGCACAAAUUGCAUAGAAUGUCAUGUCUGCAAAAUGACGCAACCUUGGCAGGAGAGCAAAGGAUCAAAACUAGUGAAUAUUUUAUAACAGAUGAGUUUAAGGAACUUUGGGAUCGGUGGUGCAAUUCGAUACAUGUUAACCUUAACCAAUCAUAUUUGUUAUCAAUGAAUUCUAAUAUAUUUAAGAGAGAAGAGCUUAUUAAAUGGGCAGAAUCUUGCCUAAAUGAUAAUAACGAUAUGCAAAUUAUUAGUUGGGAAUUAUAUCCUUUAUAUGAGCUAUUAGAUGAUAAUUUGAAGCGAAGCGUCAAUGCCAUUUUCGGAAUGGACAACAUAAAAGUUAAAAACAAAGUGUUGAUGUCGGGAGUUAUCUCAAUUACAGAUUCUUUCUAUUAUUUUAUAAAAUUUCCAUAUAAACUAAACACUGAAAAUUAUCAGAUUUUCGGUAAACUUGUAGCACAAGAUGGGAAACCACUUAACACUGUUAUAAAAUUUAAGGCCCUGACUCCACAUAGUUUUGCAGUGUUUAUUGAUAUUAAUCAGACUAUGUCCAUGCACUCAAAUCUGCAGAUCCUUUGGAUCAUGGUUGGUCUUCCUACAAUCGGUUUUUAUAGUCCAAAUACUAGAGAUAUCUCCAUAUUGGCAUCAGAUAGAUAUGAAUUUGCGUAUGCAAAACAGUUGAUUGUUGCAUUCCCAGUACCUGAAAAUCUACCAACAAACUGGAUUCUCUGUAUUUCUUUCCAAUAUCUAAAGGAUUGUGGACCGAAUUUUCGUACUAUUGUUCAGUACGAUAAAAUUAAUCAUAAAAUUACAUUUGUUAUUUAUGAUGAAUUCAGCAUAAGCCCUAAAAUCUAUGAUAAAUUAAAAAAAGAAUAUUUACUUCAUUGGUGUAUUCUCCCUGAAGGUCAUGAAGUUUUAGCAGAUGUUUUUAAGAAACGAGAGGUUUUAAUCGAUGUUCUUCCCAACAAUAAAAAUUUAACCUCCAUUAUUGAAAGCCAAGAAAUUUUAACUACUGUGUCUCCCGAAGAAAGAUUUAAUUUGAGCUUAAUUGGCCAAGGUAAUAUGACCUAA